ACAGCUCGUACAAUGGAGUCAUCUCUGGAGUUGUCCAACUCCUUGGGCAGUGUGUCCUCACUGCUAACCCGCUGUCGGACCUUUAAAGUACUAGUAAUUGGAGACUCCGGUGUGGGGAAGACCUGCCUCACACACCGACUGUGCGCCGGGCAGUUUCCCGACAGAGUGGAGGCAACCAUUGGGGUGGACUUCCGUGAGAGAUUGCUGGACAUUGAUGGAGAAAAAAUUAAGCUCCAGCUGUGGGACACGGCAGGACAGGAGCGCUUCCGUAAGUCCAUGGUGCAGCACUACUAUCGAAACGCCCACGCCGUCCUCUUCGUUUACGAUGUCACCUGCCCUGCCAGCUUCAGGGGACUGAUUUCCUGGAUAGAGGAGUGCAGGCAGAACUCCCUUGGACAGGAAAUCCCCAGGUUCCUGGUGGGUAAUAAGAGUGACCUCCGUGACCCCAGUAGGACUGAAGGCCAGGUGAGCCAGGAGCAGGCGACGAGGUUCGCCAAAGUCCACGGCAUGAUGUUUUUCGAGACGUCCGCCAAGAACCCGCCAUUGAAACGUGUGAACGGACAGCGAGGUGACAUGGAGGUGUCAUAUCAGCGGGAUAAGGUGGAGGACAUCGUCAUGGCUGUUGGUGCCAAACUGAAGCGACAGAAGAAACAUUCAGCAGCAAACGCUCUCAUGCACAGCGGGUCCUUUAAGGUCCUGAGCAAGAAAAGACCAGAGAAAGAGCUGUGGACCUGCUGCUGAGAGACGGAGAGAGAGAGGGCAGACUUCUCACACUGAAGAAUGGGACUUUUUAGCUCUUUAUGUGUGUGUCUGUAUGUGUCUGUAUGUGUGUGUGUGUGUGUGUG